GAUCCGCUGCAGGAACUCAAGGAGAUAUCCAGAACUAGAGACAGCAAUGGUAUCGAGCUGAUUCCGAACGACUCAAAUGUCUUCGUUUGGCAAGCCAGAAUAGCGGGUCCCACUGACACCCCAUACCACGGUGGAGUGUUUGAGCUGAGCAUUACUGUACCGGAGCAGUAUCCUUUGGUGCCCCCGGUCGUAAAGUUCAAGACUCGCCUCUUCCAUCCCAACGUCCAUUUUAAGGCCAGUGAAGCUCAUACCGGCGAGAUCUGUCUCGAUAUACUGAAGAAUGCGUGGAGCCCUGCAUGGACGCUUCAGUCGGUCUGCCAGGCGAUAGUGGCUUUGCUGUCAGACUCGGCCCCGGACUCUCCCCUGAACUGCGACGCCGGGAAUCUGUUGAGAGGAGGCGAUCUGCGAGGGUUCGCCUCCAUGGCCCGCAUGUACACCAUCGAGUAUGCCAUGAAGCGAUGA